UGGUGUGCUCAAAGCACAGCUUCAAUCACAGACUGUACAGUCAGAGUUUCUGUCAGAAAGUUAAGGGCCUUAUUUCCAACAUUUUCUGCUCAGUUUCUUUUUCUUGAGCACGGAAUAUGCUUCAACUUUUCUUUGGAUUUGUUUUUCUCUCUUCAGUUUCACAGCUUCAGAGUCUCACAGGUGCACAAGCUGAAUGUCCUCUUCAGCUCAACCCACAGAGAGUUGUUGUGAGAUACGGCGGUUCUGUUGCAGUUAACUGUAAAACUUCAGUCCUACAUAAAGGGAUAGGAUGGGAAGCCAUUGAGGGAGCAGUGCCUAUGACCAAAAACCAGAAUCUGAUCACAUGGAGAGUGCUAAACCUGACAGAAUGGGACAUAAAGCCAUUCUGCUACAUAUUCUAUAAAAUAGGCGAUAAGAAUCAGUGUAUAGAAGAGCUCCCAGUUGCUGUUUACAAGACUCCAGACAGUGUUUCCAUCAGAACUGUGAUUCACAGAGGACCAAUGAUAGAGGGACAGCAGUAUGAGCUCCAGUGUGACGUUCAUGAUGUGGCUCCUGUUGAGUAUCUCACUGUCAAAUGGUACAAAGGACAUACUCUGCUGAAUCAAACCACCUUCACUGACACCAUCGAGACUCCAGUAAAUAAAGCGGUCACACUCCUAAUCCGUCCAAACAGAGCUGACGAUGGAGCUCAGUACUGGUGUGAAGCAGAGCUGGAUCUGGGAGCAGAAGGACCUCAACCUCCCCCUAAAAAUUCAUCAAAACCUCUUAAUGUCGAAGUAUACUAUAAACCACAGCACUCCAGUUCAACAGAGACCAUCAUUAAAGAUGAUAAGGUCAUGCUAGAUUGUACAGUGAAGGCAAACCCGGCUCCUGACUACACAUGGUCAUCAGAUCAUCUGAAAGAGAAGAUCAGCUCCUCAGUGAUCAAGUCCUCAGCACUCAGUCCAGGAAAAUAUACAUGCACCACCUCAAACUCCCUGGGAAGAGACAGCAAAGUGUUCAUCCUAAAAUCUACAGGUACUCGUCACACAUUCUGGACUGUUCUUAUUUUCUUACACUUGCUGGUUACAUUGAUUGGUGUCAUUUAACUUUCUUAAGCUUUUUGCUUUCCGAAAGUGGUCAUAUCUUUUCUUUUUUUUUUUUUUUUUUUUUUUUAUGAAAUGUUGUGACAUUAAAACCCUGAAGUAGUACACAUUUUUUUUAGACCUUAUAUUCAUAUACCUUUAUACCCUAACAGCUAGGCUGUAGGGGGUCCCUCAAAUAACAGUGUAAAAAAUUACAUGACUUCAUGCCAAGCCAAAAUCAUCUAAUUAAAGACCUUCCUCAAAUCUUGCCCUGGAGGUCCAAUGCACUGCAGAGUUUGGCUCCAACACUGAUCAAAGCCACCUGCCUGUGAUUUUCUAAUGAUCCCAAAGACGUUGAUUAGAAUGCUCAGGCGUGUUUGUUUAAGGUUAGAGCCAAACUCUGCAGGAAAGUGGAUCUUGAGGUCCAUAUUUGAGGAUCCCUGCUAUAGACUUUUGUUGUGGUAUUAUUUAGGGUAGUAUUUCAGUUAUGACAUGAAUGAAAACGAGGCUGUGAAGGCUGAAGUACAGUGCAUUCAAAGGAUUGUAUUGCUGUUUCACAACUGAAUGUUCAGCUGAAAUUGGACCAAUCAGAUGUGAACAAAGUGACACAUGUCUGACACAAAAAAGUCACUACCCCAGUUUUUACCUUGCUCCAAAUUAAAGGUCACUAGUACAAAAAAAAA